AGAAAGACGGACCCCAAGCUCCAAGCUUUCUCCGUUGAACAGAAAAAGGCGAAAGAAAGCUCGAAACUUUCCCAAUGAAACUGAAAGCAAAAGCCCCCAAAGCAAAGUUGGGGCUACCCACCAUCGUCCUCCUCUGUUUCCUCUGCUUCAUUGCCGGCCUUUUCACCUCCACCCUCCUCUCCCAGGUCUCCGUCCCUCAAUUCCUCUCCGGUCCACGGUCGAGUUCUAGAAUACUCGAAUCCGAGGAUGAAGAUCACCGUCCAAUACUGCCCGGGGAGACCGGAGAGAGCUUCAUUGCGUCGAUUCCGUUCCAGGUGUUGAGUUGGAAGCCGCGGGCGCUUUAUUUUCCGAGAUUUGCAACUGCGGAGCAAUGUGAGAGUGUGAUCAAGAGGGCCAAGGCUAAGCUCAGGCCUUCGACGUUGGCUUUGAGGAAAGGAGAGACUGUUGAGAGCACAAAGGGGACUAGAACAAGUUCAGGGACCUUUAUCAGUGCAUCAGAAGAUGAGACUGGAGUCCUGGAUAUUAUUGAGCAAAAGAUUGCCCGGGCUACGAUGUUACCAAGGGACCAUGGAGAGGCAUUCAAUAUAUUGCGGUAUGACAUUGGCCAGAAGUAUGAUUCUCAUUAUGAUGCGUUCAACCCAGAUGAAUAUGGCCCACAGCAAAGCCAAAGAUUUGCUUCAUUUUUGCUGUAUCUAUCUAAUGUAGAAGAAGGUGGAGAAACAAUGUUUCCUUUCGAGAACGGUUCAAAUAUGGAUAUUAGAUACGAUUACAAGAAAUGCAUUGGUCUAAAAGUUAAGCCAAGGCAAGGGGAUGGGCUUUUAUUUUAUUCGGUGCUUCCAAAUGGCACAAUUGAUCAGACAUCUCUUCAUGGAAGCUGCCCAGUGAUCAGAGGGGAGAAAUGGGUGGCAACAAAGUGGAUUAGAAAUCAAGAAGAGGAAUAAGAGAAUCUGUUUCAUUGAUAACGGUGUAACACAGCGGAUCACCUGACCAUAUUGUAGUCGAGAAGUCAUCAAUAACAGUGUCUUUUCUGGAAGCUUACUGGUUCUUUUAGUUUGAUGCUUCAAAUAGAUGUAUGGUGAACCAUUUUGUUGCCACUGUAAUUACUUAUGUAUAGUUGCACACUAAAACUUGAUGUUAAGUUGGGGUACUAAAUUGACGGUUCCGAUUUCCUUCCAUCCGGAUCGGACCCUGACGUGCCUAGGUUAAAAGUCACCGGAGUAGCAUUUUGAGUUUUAUCUCUAUUCAGUAUAAAUGGACCCUGUUUGAGAGGAUCAUUUACCCCUCUCGGAAUAUGAUAUUGUGACACUUGAGUUAUCAUUUA